AUGUUGACCAUUGUGGUGUCGCUGCACGAAACUCCUGCCAUCCAGCUCGCUGACACGACAGCUCACACUACACUGCGCCUUAAAGACAAGGCGUUCGGAGCCCUGUCUUCUUACUGUGACAUGACGGGUGUGCAGUGUAAGCAAGCCAGCAGAAGUGUUGUGAAACACUGUGGCCUUGAAAUGCUGGUACGAUCUCUGCUGAGCCAUGAGCGGGCAGGGCAGGGCUCAAAGCCCUGUGACCAGUAUCCCGCCGUCGUGCAGGAGGGCAGCUGCAGACAGCACACAGGCGGUGUUCCAGAAGGCCAGCCGCCGCGCUCUGUGCUCGUGGUUUCAGAUGUGGGCGGCCUGUGUCAGCCUCCCGCGCUAGGCUCACGUCACUGGUCGGUGCAGUUAUCUCCUGAAUCAGGCAGAGGGACUUUGCUGCAAGUGCAGGGGCGGCUGGGUGACAAGCCACCUGCAGGUCUCGGGAGCAUCACGCCUGCCAUGGGCGCCGGCAGCUGCAUCUGGAGAGGUUGGACCUUGCAGAGUGAAGUUCUGAUGCGAGAGGCGGGCACUUGCUUCCUGCUCUGCGCCUGGCUCGGCCUGGGGGUCCCUGUCCUGGGGGACAGAGGAGGGCCAGGGCCUGGGGCUUUCACCUGCUACAAUAACAACAUCCUCAGGAUUGAGUGCCGCUGGCCUGGCCCAGCGCCAGGCCAGGGAGCCGGCUCCUGGCUGCUCUUCACCAGCAACCUCGCGCUGGGCAGCGAGCACAAGUGUGUCUUCUGGGCUGGCGUUUGCACCGUGGAGCUGCCACCCGAGGAGGUCCUUGUGCCUGCUGACAACUUCACCAUCACCUUCCACCGGCACGUCUCUGGGAAGGAGCAGGUCAGCCUGGUGGAUCCACAGUAUCUGCCCCGGAGACACGUGAAGCUGGACCCCCCCUUGGACUUGCAGAGCAACGUCAGCUCUGAGCACUGUGUCCUGACCUGGAGCAUCAGUCCUGCCUUGGAGCCGCUGGCCACGCUCCUCAGCUAUGAGCUGGCCUUCAAGAGGCAGGAGGAAGCCUGGGAGUGGGCUCGGCACAAGGAUCACAUCGUUGGGGUGACCUGGCUCAAACUUGAAGCUGCCGAGUUGGACCCCGGUUCUGCCUAUGAGGCCCGGCUGCGCGUCCAGAUGGCCACCCUAGAGGGCGAGGUGGCGGAGGAGGAGCAAUAUGACGGCGUGUGGAGUGACUGGAGCCAGCCUGCCUGCUUUGCCACCCCCCCGAGACGAGGUGGCCUGGUCCCUGCUCUGGGGCAGGCCGACAGCACCCUGGUCGCUGUGUCCAUCUUCCUCCUGCUGAGCAGCCUGACCUACUUACUGUUCAAACUGUCGCCCAGGAUGAAGACAGCCUUGUACCAGGACGUGCCAUCCCCAGGCCCAUUCUUCCAGCCUCUGUACAGCGUGCACAACGGGGACUUCCAGACCUGGAUAGGGGCCUGCGGAGCCGGCCCACAGGCAGGCCGGGACUGUGUUGGCCCCCCACGAGGAGCCCUCCUGGAGGCCCGAGUCCGGGAGGCCGUUGCUUUGCUGCACUGUGACCCAGCGGACGCCUGGCUGUCGGCGGGCCUGGAGGAGGAGGUCGGCCCUGGGCCCGGGCUCCCAGCAGGUGUGCUGCCAGCGGGACACGGGGAGCAGGCGGCGCCGUCGCCCGCCUACCUGCCUCAGGAGGACCGGGCCUCUGCCUCUGCCGGCCACCCCUGGCUGGCGCCCCCCCAGUGUGAGGGUAGCAGCGGUGACUACUGCGCCCUGGACUGCUCUGUGGGGAGCUGA